UGCGACGCAGCGGUUGGCUUGGCAACGGCAGUAGCGUUAGCUGGGUUAGCUUGCUGUAGUUGUCGGCUUCUCAAAACGCGUCCUCCUAAACACAACACUGGUGUGUAUUAUUGUGGAAACUACUUUUAUUUGCGUCUCUGAAGAUGAUUGACUCUCUAAGUUCUUUGGGUGCAAAAGUUGUCGUUGCUUCGUCCAGCGAUGAGAGUCACCCACCAGAAAACAUCACUGAUGGUCACACUAACACGUUUUGGAUGUCCACCGGGAUGUUUCCUCAAGAGUUCAUCAUCCGCUUUGCUGACCCCACGAACAUUUCUGCUGUGACAGUGGACAGCUAUAAUGUCAGGCAUCUAAAGAUAGAGAAAAACACCUCAGAAAAUGCUUCUCAGUUUGAGUCUGUCACAGAGAAAGAAUUUGAACAUACAGAGGGAUGUCUUCAGUCAAAUGCAAUUUCGCUAAAUGGAGGCAGUGCAACUCACCUUCGUUUUAUCAUCACCUCAGGAUAUGAUCACUUUGUCUCUGUGCACAGAGUUAGUGUACAAAAUUGACACACUCGAUUGUUGUGAAUAAAAGCCUUGUGAUGUA